UGUUAUCGCUGCCCAUUCCAGUAAUGGGUUUCCAGGACAAGCAGAAGGUGUUUGUAAACGUCACCUGCACCCUGAACGAGCCUCGGUUCGUCCUUGUUGGCUCAUCUGUGGCCUUCUUCGUUCCUCUGGUCAUCAUGGUGGUCUGCUAUUACCUCACUCUCCGUGAUCUCCAGAGGCACAGCACUGCUUUCCCACAAGAGAGCAAGAGCCACUCCAAACAUUCUUCUGUGCAGACAAGUGACACGAGUCUGCUUAACAAUAAGUCCUUCACUAACAAGUCUGCACAAGGUCCACGAGGCCAAGGCAGACGAGGCAUGAUUCAAGCUUUGAACAAUGAGCGACGAGCCUCCAAAGUCUUGGGGAUUGUGUUUUUUCUCUUCCUGGUCAUGUGGUGUCCGUUCUUCAUCACCAAUGUGCUGAUCGCCAUCUGUCAGGACAACUGCAGCGAGCAUCUCUAUAACCUCAUUCACUUUUUUGUCUGGGUGGGAUAUAUCUCCUCUGGAGUGAAUCCUCUGAUCUACACCCUUUUCAACGAGACGUAUCGACAAGCCUUCGCUCGCUAUCUACGAUGUAAAUAUCAUUAAGAUGUGCCGCAGAAGAAGACCCAGGUCAUCCGAUAAUAUUCACACAG